AUGGAAGAAAGUGAAGUGAAAGAUGACAAGGCAGAGAGUGAGGAUCAAAAGACAGGGAACAGGGUGAUUAAAUAUCCAUAUCUUCGUGAGGAGGAUCUGGAGCAGCAGGGAUCGUCAGAUGGAGGAGGGGAUAUCCUCAAGUCUUUAGCCAACACGGUGGCCUCUGCAAUCAACAAGGCUCAGACUGGGACCCCCAGCUGGAGUGCCUACCCCAGUAUCCACGCUUCUUAUCAACUCUCUGGGAUCAUCAAGAGCAGCACUCCUCUCUCAGCGUCUCACCCCAUUCAGAUAAAGCACACAUUCAACCACAAGCUAAGACCGAUCACCCCAAAGGGGAAGUUUCUUCAGGGUGCUGAAGUUGACACUCCACAGGGACAGCAACAGUAUCGAAAAGCGGACAUCAAGAAAGAAAAGGUUGGCAUUAGCGAUAGUAAAGAACAUCUGAAUAUUAAGUUUGAUCUGGUGGAGAAUAAUGACAGCGAUUGUCAGGACGAUUCCUCUACCUCUUCAAAGCUCGAUGCAGACUGUCUGAAUGAAGGGAGUGAUGUGAUCAAAGGGAAGUGGAGCCCAGAUUUCUCAGACAGAGGCAAGAUACCAAGCCCUUCUGCCAGCAGUGGACGAAGCACUACUUCAGAGCUUGUCAAUGACACCCCGGAAAUACUUGGCAUAAACCCUCUAAGUUCACUGCAGUCAGUUCUGAACAGCCAUUUGGGUAAAGCAAAUAAUCCCACCAAUUCAAGAUCUGAAAAUAGUAAACUAUCUGCUCGCUCUCAAUCUAUAUUCGCUGAACUCAACCAGAGUAUGGAGAAACCAGCAGUGGUGCAUGCUACCCCAGCUAGGAACAGCGCUAACAUUGCCUUCCUGUUUGCUAGCAAUGAUCAGCCAAUAGACCUGACAAAAUAUAAACCUAACAAGCCAAGUUCCUCCCAUCUACAACCAUUUGCCCCAAUGCCACAGAAACACGCUCUGUCUGACAUUGCUGACAUGGUCAAGGUUCUUCCUAAAGCCACCACACCAAAAGCGUCUAUGCCAUCAAGGAUACCCACCAUGAAACUGGAAUCAGACGUGAGACGCUUUGAGGACGUGUCGGCUGAGGUAUACUCGGUUCACAAGCGCAAAGGAAGGCAUUCGAACUGGAACCCCCGGCAUCUUAUCAUCCUCCAAGCCCAGUUCGCCUCCAGCCUCUUUCUGACUUCUGAGGGCAAGUACUUACUCUCAGAUCUUGGUCCUCAGGAACGAAUGCACAUCUCUAAGUUUACUGGACUGUCCAUGACAACCAUCAGCCAUUGGUUGGCCAAUGUGAAAUACCAACUUAGGAAAACAGGGGGGACCAAGUUUCUGAAGAGCAUGGACACUGGCCAUCCGAUCUUCUACUGCAAUGACUGUGCUUCCCAGUUCAGGACACCACCAGCCUUCAUCUCCCACCUGGAAUCACACCUAGGGUUCCAAAUCAAAGAUAUGCGCAAAUUGCCUAUCAAGCAUCAGACAAAGGUUGAGGAUCCAGAACUGUCUAAGGCUCUCAGUGUCCGUGCGACAGGGACGCUAGUCACAGAGGAGGACGUUGACACUAAGUUCAAAUGUAAGCUGUGUUGUAGGACAUUUGCUAGUAACCAUGCGGUUAAACUCCACUUGAGUAAAACUCACAGCAAAUCACCUGAGAACCAUUCACAAUAUGUGGAAAUAGACAAAGAGUAG